AUGACAGAGGAUUCUAAGGUUCCCCUCCUUCUUGGUGAUGUUUUGGCCAAUCUAUUGCCAGAAAUGCCUCUUCAUAAAAGCGUCGCAAGUGUUCUAAUUUUUCCUUCUUCUCAACCAUUUUCCGAAUAUUUCCGGUUGAUACAAAAAAGACGUGCAGGAUCGUAUAAAAGUCAGACAGUGAUAUCGUCCGAACUUCAGUUGAUCAAACCCUUUGACCUCGAAAUUGCGUGCAAAAAGCGUCUUUCAUUACACCAGUGCUCCCAAGCAAAUUACGGCUGCUGUUGUGACCAUCGUAGCCUUUUCUGCUCAAUAAAAUUGCAACUCGCAGUAACUAUCGGGGGUAGUAUUUUUCACACAGCUGCACAACAAACUCCUUUCAAAGCACUUCUAAUUGAAGUAAAAAUUCUUGAUCUAAAUGAUCAGACACCUGUGUUUACACCCGACAUAUUUGCACUGAAACUUAGUGAAGGUGUGAAGUAUGAUGAUAAAUAUCGUUUGCCAGUCGCACGCGAUGGUGAUCUGGGUCAAAAUGCAGAGGUGACAUACUCAAUUGCAUCUAUUCAUGGAAGAGCGCCGAACUCAAAGAAGUGGCAACCGAUUCCCAAAGGCAACGAAGUAUUUUCACUCAACUCAGUUCCUCAGCCUCUAUUUCUUGUAAUCAAUGGUUAUUUAGACAGAGAAGAAAUUGAAUUGUACGAAAUUUUAAUUGAAGCUGAAGAUAUGUCAGCAAGCGUUGAAUUGCGCAAAACGGGAACAUUGACUCUUACUCUGAUAGUCACGGAUGUCAAUGAUGUUAGUCCAACGUUUCAGAGUCCAAAUAUAACUAUUGAUGUAGUGGAGAAUUCAGUCAACGGUACCGUGGUUUGUACAAUCUUGGCUCAGGAUUAUGACAGUGGAGUUAAUGGGCGGAUUCACUAUUCAAUUUCUCAGCAUCAAAGAGGCUACCCCUUCUACAUCGAUUCAGAAACUGGGCUAAUGACCGUAGCUGGUCAGAUUGAUCAUGAACGGGAUGAUGAAUACAGAAUCGUUGUUGAGGCAGCAGAUAAUGGAACUCCGGCUAGAACUUCGACCUUACCUGUAUUUGUACGUGUGCUUGAUAUAAAUGACAACGCUCCAAGUAUUUCCAUAUCCUCAAUAUUGGUUGGAAACAGUAGUUUCUCGUCUUCGUCAGAAGAAGCAGUAGUGCUUCAUGUCCCCGAAUCACUUCCCGUGGGAAGUUGCAUAGCUAAUAUAAGCGUGACCGACCCCGAUUUGGCGGAAAAUACAACAAUUUUUUGUCACGUGUCAGAGGAAACUUUUGAAUUGCACUCCAUUUCCCAGUGGUCAUACUCGCUUCGUCUAGCGAAGUCAUUAGAUUAUGAGACAAAAAGGCACCUUCAGAUAAAAAUAUCAUGUGAAGAUUCGGGCAGACCUUAUUCGCUUAAAUCAGAAGCCUUCGUCAAAGCUAUUGUCCUUAACGAAAAUGACAAUCCCCCAGUUUUCCAGAACCCACUUGUGAUUCCACCCGCUUGGCUUGUAAAUAACACAGAUGUAGCUCAAUUUUCCACCAUUCUGGGUACUAAAACAAACGAGAGCCCAAGUGAAAUGGUUGAUGAUUUCAUUGUAUUUAUACCCAAGUCUUUCCCUUUGGGUGAUGCCUUUUUGCGUUUUCGAGCAACAGAUGAAGAUUUUAAUCAUGAAUCUGAAGAGAAAGUCAACAAGAUGCACUUCGCCCUGAGCAUUUACAAAGAACAACACUUCCAACCUGAGCCUCAUUCUCUUUUCACUAUUCCGCCAAACAAGGCAAGCCUUUUCAGUUUUUCGGAAUCAAAUGGAGAAGUUUUUCUUACCUCCGCUCCAAAUCUCGACGGAACCAUUUCUGUGUAUAAGGGAGAGGUUGUGGCACAAGAUACAACAGCGAAACCACUUACUACAAGGAAGAAUCUCACCUUCAUUGUCGCCGAAAAUAAUCUUAAUGCCCCUAUAAUAAGGAUAUUCAACUUUGCGCUGGCAAAUUCCUUAUCCCCAUACCAGAUAUUUGAUCAAGAGCAAAAUUUAUCCAUUCAGGAGGUCCCGUUUUACAUUCCUCAGCAAAGCCCUUCAAACUCAAUGAUUGGGCAGGUGGUUGGUUCUGAUUCGGACUCAGGACAAUCAGGUCACGUCACCUACAAUUUAACAUUCAAUCGGUUGAGCUGCAUUGAUGUAGCAAUAAAUAAAUCCACAGGGCUUCUGACGUUGGUGACAUUAAACGCUAGUUUAAGUAGUGAGUGUCAACUCAAGGCUUUAUUGAACGUUGCCGAUAAUGGUUUUCCUAGGCGUAACAGUUACCUGCAUAUUACUUUCCAGUUGUUUGACGCUAGCAGAUUGUCACCCAAGAUAUGCGUCAACCAGUCAAUCAUACCUGCAAAUCAAGCUGCAAAUAAUGAGUCGGUAUGGUAUUUCCAAUCAAUUCUUCCGAAAAUCGGUAAGUCUUUGUUCCGAGUUGAUGUCAAUAUUUUGCCUGGAUUGAUCGAACCAUCAUACAAAAUGAAACUGUGUACACCAAACUACGAAAUUUUCCCUCCCGUACCAAUGGGCCUAUCAAUUGAAGAAAAAACAGGAGCAGUCUACGUCACAGAUUCUUUGGUUAAAUUAUCAAGUUACACUGUCUACAUUACAGUUUCCAACCGUUAUUGGCCCUCAUUACCAUCAUCUAUUUAUAAAACAGAAAUCGAGAUCAGUGAAAGUGGAGCCGCAACGGUUCGGAUUGUACCAGUGGAGAACAUUGACUGCAAAUUUCAUGAUGUAACUGAGAUUGAUUUGAGUAGUUCACGAAGAAAUUUCACGGCAUUUUGCAUCAGUACGUUUUCUGGUGCCAGUUUUCUUUGCGUACUAGUCGUCGUUUUAAUGGUUCUGUUGAAGAAAUCCGGAGGGAAACCUCAGAUACCAUCGAUGUGGAAGGUGCUCAAUAAGAAGGCCAAAUCAAGCUUGUAUGACCGAAAACAGUUUAAAAAACGUUUAAGUGAGACGAUUGAAACUGUAAAAGUCGAAGAACAAUGUGACACCUGCCCGCAUAGUAGUGAGUCCAUUCUCCUACCAUAUUUUAACCAUGUGAUAACAUUUGCAUACAUAUUUAUAAACAUUUGA